AUGGAUUGUCGGUGUGUAAGAGUGAGGAAUCAUUUGUUGGAUAAUAGGUGGGUUGUUCCGUACAGUCCGUAUCUUUUGGCUUUGUUUGACUGCCAUUUGAAUGUAGAGAUAUGUUCCACUGUUAAGUUAGUUAAGUAUCUUUACAAAUAUGUUUAUAAAGGGCAUGAUCGUGUGAGCUUUUAUAUCCAUUCUGAAAAUACCUUUGAAGAUGUAGAUGAAAUUUUAGACUUUCAGUCUGGCCGCUGGGUGGCUGCUGCAGAGGCUUUUUGGUGGAUAUUUCGAUUUACUUUAAACGAAAUGACCCCGAGCGUCUAUGCAUUACAGGUUCAUCUUCCUGGAGAGCAAAUGGUUUCUUUUCAUAGAAGAACCAAUCUUGCUGAUUUAGUUGCUGAUGUUGACUUCUCAAAAACGAUGCUGACUGAGUUCUUUUAUAUGAAUCAGACAAAUAAAGAUGCUCAGAAACUCAAUCUCCUUUACAAACAAUUUCCUGAGUUUUUUGUAUGGAGCCCAGACAAGAAACGGUGGUCUAAAAGAAAGCGUCGAAAAGUUGUUGGAAGAUUGGUGACCGUUAGCCCAGCAGAAGGAGAGAGGUAUUUCUUGAGGCUACUUUUAUCCUCUGUCUGUGGCCCUAUUUCGUUCGACCGCUUGUUGACUGUUAAUGGAGUCCAUAUGGCUUCUUAUAGAGAAGCCGCUUUCCAGAUGGAUCUGUUACAAUCUGAUACGUAUAUCGAAGACACCCUUGAUGAGGCUGCUACUUUUCAGAUGCCUUCUUCACUCAGAAACCUGUUUGCUGUGAUGCUAAGUUUCUGCUCCCCGUCAAAUCCUAAAUACUUGUGGGAAAGAUAUGAGUUUGAGCUAUCAAGGGAUUAUGAAAAAAAUAGUUCACUCACUGGAUAUACUCCUCAGUACAUCAGAAUGCUGGUACUUCAGGAGAUCAGUAAAUUUUUGGAACAAAUGGGUAAAAGCAUGGAUGACUUUCACUUGGUUCCUGACUACCUUGGUGCUACAUUAGAUCAACGGAUUACAAAAGAAAUUGAAACUGAAAGGAAUAUUCAGUUCACAGAGGAGGAUCUGCUACUGUCUUCGAAGCUUAAUGCCGGUCAGAAAUUUGCCUACAGCUCUAUCAUGAAACAGGUUUUCUCACCAAAAAAAAUGAAGUUUUUCAUCAAUGGGCCAGGUGGGACAGGGAAAACUUUCCUUUAUCGGUCAAUACUUGCUACUUUGCGUUCUCAAGGCUAUAUAGCCAUUGCUGUUGCAUCGUCUGGCGUUGCUGCCUCUAUACUUCCUGGUGGGAGGACUGCACAUUCACGCUUUAAGAUCCCUCUUGAUAUAUCAGGAAAUAAGUCUUGCCAAGUUAGUAAGCAAAGCUCGACCGCUAAGUUGCUUAUAGAGGCCAAACUUAUAUUGUGGGAUGAAGCUUCAAUGGCUAAGAAGGAAACAAUCGAAGCAUUUGAUAUGCUUCUCAAAGACAUAAUGGAAUGCGAUGAUCCUUUUAGUGGCAAGCUGGUGGUUUUUUGA